UGUUCACUGAAUCCUGAGUGUGCACUGAAUCCCGAGUGUUCACUGAAUCCUGAGUGUGCACUGAAUCCCGAGUGUGCACUGAAUCCCCAGAGUGUGCACUGAAUCCUGAGUGUUCACUGAAUCUCCAGAGCGUGCCCUGCCCGUGGAACAGCCGAGUUCGUGUGUUCUGCUGCAGCUCUGCUCCCCUGGGUUUGGGGUCUUCCUUAGCUCUCUCCAGGCACCGGCAGCACGAGGGAGCAGAAUUCUGCUUCGGGCUGUGUGUGAUCUGGGGAUCAAGGCAGCUCUCUGUGUGUUCCUGCAGGGAGCUGGCUUAUCCGGCAGGGAGCUGGGUCUGCUCUGGGCUGGUGGCUGCUCCUCCCCGGGGAGGUCGGGAUAGAGCAGCUUAAAGGCCAAGCUGCAAAGCCGGCCUACUUCUGUGUUUUAAGCUACAGAGUUUAAGUACAAGGGGGUGGAAGAUCUAGGUAACAGCAUAAACUACAAGGCUUUGCUCCUCCAUAGUUGCAAGUUGACUUGGGGUUUAGUCCGUGUAGUGGAAGGUUCUUCAUUUUGUGGAGCAGCUUUUGAAUCUUACUCAAGCAGAGAAGAAGGCAGUUUAAACCCUUUUCUCUUUCAUUUUAAACACCAUCUCCCAAAAUUCCUCAAACAUGGACAACAAGGCUUUUUUCCUCCAGCGGGAAAAAAAGAAUUCUCAGCGGAUGGUUUUGGUUCCCCGGCCUCGGUAUGAAGACAGUUCUGCUGCUGCUCCAAGCAGGGGUGGCUGGAGCACCUGGAUUUCAGAGGCUGAAGUCUCUGCUGCACCUCUACCCUCGAGGAAAGCUGCCAGACUUUUUUUUGGGUGGAACAUUUUGGAGAAGCAGCAAAGGGCUGGUGUAGCUCGGAGCCUGUGUGCAAGGCAGGUUGUGUGGCAGGGCCAGCUCUGCAUUCCCUGUGACACACUGGCGUGCUGCAGGGACAACGUGAAGUGCAGCCAUUCCUGCCUCUGGCCGUGCUUGUCACCCAAGCAGGGGACAGCCUGUUCUGCAGCCUGAGGGGGGCACAUUGGUGGGGCAGAAAGAGAAAUGGCACAUUUGAUUCAAUCACAGGAUCAGCUGUUCCCCGCUGGGUCCUGACUCCAGCAGUUGUGCCUCAAACUUCCAUUUGGCUUCUGAACACUUCUGUUUCACUUCUUAAGAGCCCGAGUGACUAAUGACCCCCAGGACAGCCAGUGCCUGGGCACAGGAGUCAGAGGGAGCUGCACAGACUUUACCUGAAAGCUAAUUAAAGCUAAAAGUAGUGGUUAGAAAUAUUUCCUGAGUCCUUUGCUUGUGCAAGGUGAAUCCUGAGCAAAGGAAAGCGCAGAAGAACUACCACUGUCCUCGUGGACCCCAAAGGUGGAGCGUUAGGGAAGCGCUAAUCCCUGCACAGCCUCGUCACCAAGAGGAUUAGGCAGGAGUUCAUCUGCUCGCCGAGGGGCAGGAGGGGCACGGCUCGGUAAGGGGGCAGCGGGGAGGGCAGCGGGGGUCCCGCGUGUCCGCUCCCCUCUGCCUGUGCUGGCUCACGGCGAGCCGGGACAGAGCCAGGGCAGCCGCGGUGAGGCUGAGCGGCGUGUCCGGCCCGCAGGAGCCCCGCUGAGGCUGAGUCCGGCCCGCAGGGGCCAUGGGCCGGCAGCGCUCCCCGCCCGGGCGCUGCUGGGCGCGGCUGCUGCGCGCCGGGGGCCGCCGGCUGCUGCGGCUCUGCGGGACGGCGCUGCGGGCGCUGCGGCGGCUCUGGAGCCUGGCGUGGGUUGGUACCGCACAGCCCGAACCCAGGGAGCCCCCCAAACCUCUGCCGGCUCCAAACGGGGCGCGGGGCCGGGGCGCUGCUGGGGUGCAAUCGCUGCACCGCUGCUGCUGUGGGCUCGAGGGUGUUGCACUGGGGGCUAAGGGCGGGAUGCAAUCGCUGCACUGCUGCUGCGGGAUGGUGGGUGUUGCACUGGGGGCUGCAGGCAGGGUGCAAUCGCUGCACUGCUGCUGCGGGGGGCUGGCAGGUGUUGCAGCCGGAGGCGGGGAGCGCCUCACCGCAGCGCCCGGUGCGGGAGCGGCACCCUCGUCCCGGGGCGUGCUUGGCUCGGGGCGCUGGGCGGGUGGGGUUGUGCCCACCGAGAGCCCCGGGGACGCGGGGACACCGCUCCAGGCUCUGCACACCGCUCAGGUGCUGCUGAUGUGCUACAAGAGCUGCUGGGAUGGCGCCUUCCAGGUCACCGAGGAGGUAACGCCCCGCUGGGAGAGCCCGAGCCCUGGGCAAGCCCCGGGACCGCUGAGCCCGGUGGCAGCGCCGGCUGGGUGGCACCAGGGGGGCCCAGACAGGGCUGGUGCCAGGGGCCAUGGGCUCGGCUGCCCGUGGACCUGCGAGCCCCCGCUGUCCGUGUUGGCUUCCAGCUCGGCACAGCCCUGCAGCUUAGACUGGAGGGGAGCGAGGAGGAGGAGGAUGUGGACUCGGAUUCUGUAUGGGAGCCUGGACAGACAGUGGCAGCGGCGCAGCGAGGCCAUGCUGGGGAGGCUGGAGGCUCUGGAGGCCGAUGUCCGCUUCCUCUGCACCGAGCUGGGGGCUGAGAAGCUUCUGUGGAGCAGCCGGUUCCUGGAGCUGCUGCGGGAACAGCAGAGCCUGCGCCAGCGGGUGAGUCCCGGGGGUGGCAGCCCCCGCAGCCCCCGUGCCAGCCCAGACCCUCACACCCCGCUCCAGCUGCAGGAGCUGCCCUGGCGGUGGGACAGUGGGGACAGCCCCGAGCUGCUGGGGGAAGCAGAGGACCAAAGUGCCAGCGGGAGUGAGGGAGAGAGCCCGGAAGGACAGUGGAUGGAGGCACCUCAGCAACCACGUGGCUCCAUCCAGCGUGACAGGCAGAAAAUGUAAGUGAAGCUGUGAGCAGAGCCUCAGCAAAGCAGGCAGGAUCCACACAUUCCUCCCUGCCCAGGCUGGUGCAGCCCCAGCUGUACCCCUGCAUGUGCCUCCAUCCAUCCCUUGGUGCUGGCUGGGCCUGGCCCAUCCAGCAGAGCUGCAGGCAUUCCCCAGGAGCAGGAGCCAGCGGGAGGCAGGUCAGGACAAGCCACUGGCCCUGGGUCUGCCCCAGGACACACCACAGCCCUCCCUGCCCAGGGCUGCCCCCAGGCUGACUGUGCCUGGUGAAGCCCACCGAGUAGCAUCCUCCUGGCUCUGCUGCUUGUUGGGAGUUCCAGGAACAAGAGUCUGGUCAGCACCAGCUUCAGUCACCUUGCACUGGGGUGAGGGAUUGCAAAACUCACCCACUGACUUCCUGAUGGGCCAGAUCCAUCCUCUCCAGCUGCUCCCGCACAUGUCGCAACCUGGGCCGGCUCCUUGAAACAGCAGUCAAGGGCAGCUGGCUCCCCAGGCACGGCUGAGGGCCCCGUGCUGGCCAGAACAACUGGCCCAGGAGCCUGCAGGGCUGGGGGGCUGCCCAGCACCCGGGCCUGGCCCAGCACAGGGGGCUGCACCCUGCCCCAGCCUCCCACUGCUCAAUACAGGAGCUGCUCUCCAUCGCUUGUGUCUGCCUGGUGUUUCCCCAGCAGGGCUGGGACAGCUGCAGCAGAGCCCUGCAGGCCCCCAGCUCUCUGGGGAGGGGGACAGGAGGAGCUCUGGCUGAAGCAGAGCAGGAGCAGCACCCCCUGCAGCAGGGGCUGGGCUCCAGCAGCAGCAGGACCGGCAGGGAUCUGUCCUCCCAACGUGCCCGUGCAGCUCCCGCAUGCAGGGAACUGAUGCAACGCCAAUAGCAGCAGCCUGACUCACCCUGCACCCGGGGACAGCCCCGUGCUGCUCAGAAACGCCACAGAAAAGCAGGUCCUGCCACUGAGCUGGCAGCUGCCAUGGGGGUCCCAAGCUGGCCCCCACUCCUGCAGGAAUCACAGCACUCUCCAUGCUGGAACCACGGGAGCACCAGACAGUGGUGACAAGGUCCUGCUCCUGCUGUAGCCUCCGUUCAUCUCUCCGUGGCAAUCCUUGGGCUGGAAAUCCCCAGCCAGCCCACAGACCAGGGUGCAGGAGGAGGAGGGUGGAGGGUGACAUCAAGCAGCAUGAGCUACAGCCAGCAGCUCUGCACCCCUCUGGAGCAGCCCCUCCCCACAGCACCUGCAGCAAGGCCAGAGCCACCUCCCAGGCCACAGAAACCUUUCCCCAGCCAAAGCUCCUGACCUGUUGCUUAACCUGAGGCUGCAUUGACUUCAACACUCUUGUGCAACACUGCUCCCCAGCCCUGGCCAGGGCCCUCGGUGGCUUUGGCAGGAGGGCUGAGCCCGCUGCUGCUGCCCCAGACAGGGCUCUGGCUUCCAGGGGUAGCCCCUGGCCUUGGGGAACACCGGGGAAUUCAGGGCCCUCAGGGAAGCAUGAGAGAGCUGAAGAGCACGUGGCUGGAGGGCAAGUGCUGUCAGCAUCUUGACAACACACACAGAUACAACUCAACUGCUUCUGGCCUGCAAGUGCCAGGAACAUUUCUGCCUCCCUUGCACAGCAAAAUUCCAGGACCAGAACCAAUUACUACAGCAACUGGUUUUGCAUAUUUAAAAUCUUACAGUACCUACAAUAGGAAACAUCUUACAGAGCAAGAGGAAAUUAAACAGGUAGCAUCACCAACACCAUCCCAGCCUCCCCCCACUGCCCUGGGGCAGCACCCAGCUGCCCCCCAGCACCUUUCCCUUCUCCUGUGUGCAGUAACUCGCUUCCUGCAGUCCUGUCUCACUGCUGUGAGAGGCUGUGCUGCUGCAGCACUUUGGGGUACAGGGUGCACAGCUGCUGCCAUGCUCAGCACAUCCAUUCCUACAUCCAUUCCUCUCUACAGGGAGAGCAGCAGUGCAGCAGGCUCAGCACUGGGGAGCAGGGGCUGGAUGCUGAACCUGCUCCCAUGUACAGCCCCCAUCACCCCAUCCCCUUGCCCACAGCCUGCACAGGAGCCUUCUCCAUCCCUGCCUCUGGAAAUGCUUUAAGAUGUUGGAACUGAGCUGGCCACAUCCUGGAAAGCCCCAAGGGGAGGAACCAGCCGAGUUCAAAUGGAAGUUCAGGGAGCAAGGGCAGCACAGGGCAGCGGAGAGAUGAGCAAGCCCUGGAGAGCAGGCUGGCCCGCCUGGAGGAACCAGCCUCUCCUGAUGCUCAGCACGAGGCUUCAGCGGCACACAGCUGACAGGAUGAGGGCUGGGAAGCCCCUGAGCACAGGAAACCUUCAACAGGCCCAUGUGUGACCUCCUUCUCUCCAACAGCCCGGGGAGCUGACCCAGUUUGACAAAGCAGCCGAAAGCAAACACGCAGCAGUCACUGCAGGCUCUAGCCCUAAGCCCCAGGAAGCGCUAAGGCAGAUGAUGCACCCCCAAAAACCCCCACCCCAACAGCCCCAGCAGGGCUGCCAAGGUGUCCAGGCAGGCAGCCCCACCCCUCCUGGCACUGAGGAGUGGGUAGGGGAAAGACUGUGCAGCAGCAACAGUUCCAACCAGCAUUCCCAUUUCCCAAAUCUCUGCUCCAGAGAGCCUGGGGAACGGGGACACAACACAGAACCUUGCGUGAACGAAGGAGAAAACUCAGAGCACAGCAGUGGGAUUGUGGCUGGGCUUGCUGGCUGCCCCAGCAGCACACACAGCAGCCUGGGGGAGUAACUUCAACCAGAUCUGUGCUAGGGCCUGACCCUCCCAAACUACUGUGUGCCCUCAGGACUGUCACUGCAGUAGAAACAUCACAACCCCAGUCAGUCAGCUCCAGCUCUUCCUCUCCUGGUUGUGAUAAUGAACCUCUGCACUGAUCCCUUUGUCUCUCAGUGCAGCUUUGAGACACAAAACCAAACACUGACUCUUUUACACAUCCUGUAAAACUAGAAUUAUCUAUUGUCUUUUACAGGAACACCAGCCUUAAAAUCCCGCAGCAUUUUUCAACUACAGAUCCCAUUAAGGACAGCAGCAAACUCCUCACCUGGUUAAAGGUGUGCUCAGAUCCCUGACACACCUCUCCAUCCCCCCCACCACACACACACAGAGCCACACGAGCCCUGUCCCUGCAGUGACAGCCUCAGAGGCUUCCUCUCCCACAGUCAACACAGACUUCAGCCUGAGAGCUGCAGGUUUGUUUUGAAAUGCAGCUGGUCUCUGGGAGCACCUGCCUCCCUGGUUUCUGAUUAACUGGAGUCACUGCCCUGUGGUAAACGAAGAGCACAAGUUUCAAUACAAACCAUAAAGUUAUUUAACCAGUGAGAUAAGAACAUUCUGUGCUGCAGUGGAGCAGGUGGGAGGGGAAGAUCCUCACACCACAAGGUGAGCACUGAUAUUCCUGCUGCACUUCCAGUCCAUAACAAACCUUCAGAGCAAAACCUGGACGUGUUACCAUUCACACACUCCACACGCAACAUCUGACACAGAUGUACUGUAACUGGAUAAAACAUGUAUUCAUUUCCAGGCUGUACUGUGGAAUUGCCCCUGAAAGCCAAACACAGUCCAUGCCGAUUCCAAAGCUGCCAGGAGCGUGGCAAUUCUGCUGCUUUAAACGGCAAUAAAUGCUGCUUCAGCACCUGAGGCACAAACGCUGCGGUGCUGAGAGAGAGCCAGGGCUGCUGCUCGUGCCACCUGCCCUGCCAGUGCCUGCCCUGGGCACGGAGCAACCCCAGGGAGGCCAAAUCAGCAGCAGACACUGCACAUGCCCUUAUCUGCCACAGCACAUGGAUGUUUUGGUCUCACUGCAUCGAUUAGCAGCCUGCCAAUAAGCAGCACACAGAGAUCAAAGCCUGUCAGAGCAACCCCAGGGAGGAAGGAGAAUUUCUCUGGCUUCCCUGGAAAGCCAACCAAAAUGCUGAAUGUUCCUCCACAAAGCCACCAGAGCCCAAAUAUGUCAAGUCAGCAGUUUUUAUUUAUAUAACACAGUUUUUCUUUGCCAGAGCUGUCACAUGGCUAUUCGGUACAUGCCUAUACUGCAUAGUGAUACAGAAAGUUCAGCAAGUGUCAGCUGGGGAGUACAAAAUGUUAAUCUUCUCAUUGCAAGAGAGGCAGCAGAUACCAGCAUUCCACCAGAAACCCAAACCCACCUUGCCAGGUAACAUAAGGCUGAGGUGAGAACAGCAUUGAUUAAAACUGCAAGCAGCAAGGUGCUGAACAGUGACAUUAAAAACCAUUUUAUCUGUCAUUUACAAAUAUGCAAAGUAUCAGGUUACUUAAAAUUAAGAAGCAUUUUGCUUACUAACAUGAAACAUUACUAAUUUGUAAUGUAUCAUUAUUAACCAGGUAUACAGGUUCCUGUGUCCCUGUGGUCUCAUGGCACAUGGUGCCAGUCUGGGCAGGUCAUUCCUUGGACAGCAGAGGGAAGAGAAGGACAGACAACCCUGCUCCCAGGAGGGUUUCAGGACCGGCUGCCCUCCACUCUCCCCUUCCUAAUUUGCCACUCAACAACCUUGGUUUAACCACAGAAGGGCGUAUUGUAUUUAGAAAACAACACCACACACAGAUACAAUGUGUAUCAACAAAUCAACUGCUUCUGGCCUGCAAGUGCCAGGGACAUUUCUGCAUCCCUUGCACAGCAAAAUUCCAGGACCAGAACCAAUUACUACAGCAAUUGGUUUUGCAUAUUUAAAAUCUCUUACAGUACCUACAAUAGAAAACAUCUUACAGAGUAAGAGGAAAUGAAAUAGAAACAGUCUUGCCAAAUAAUUCUUAUUCUACAAUUCUGGAUGCUGCUCUAGUUGGGCACAGCCAAAGGGGACAGGGGAAUAUUGGUGAGGAAAAAGAGGAAGCAACAGCUUUGCAACACAAAAUAUUAAAGGCUCCUCAGGAAGGCCCCUGGCAGCAGUCCAGAUGUGACUGCAGCUGUUCUAUUGCUGUCUGAAGGCGAAAGGCACAUAAUAAAUCCUUGUCAGUGCUGUACAGAGCCAGCCUGGGACAGAGACAGCUCCAGAGCAGCACUCACAGCGUGCUCAGCUCACCCACCUGCUCUGACGCUGCAGCUGUCAGCACAUACCCAGCACACAGCUCACUCACAGCUCGGGAGCAGUGUCCAGCCACUCCUCCUGAGCAGGGACUGUGCUCCUGGCAGCUGAGAGCUCACUAAGCACUCGUGGUCCAUGGGGCACAAUUACCUCAGGAAGAUCAGCUGAGGUGGGAGGGGUGUGGAAAACAUAAUUCAAGAAGUGCACUAGUAAAACCAGUCAGAUAAACCCAGCUUCAGAUUACAUUAAUAACCCAACAUUUGCCACAGAUCUGAAUGGUGGGAUUUAGUAAAGAGGCUUAGUCAGGACCUAGCAGCAGCACUGGCAAGGCAUUUGGGUCCUCAGAAACUAGCCUUGGGCCGCUACAAAGGCGGCACCCACUUCUCUCACAUCCAGUUAUGGACAACUGCAGGAGCUCAGGGUGUGCCAGACUCCCAUGAACCCCAAAGGAGCAGUCCUGCUCUAGAGCUACAGCCUCCCUUCCUGCUUAGCCCCUGGGGAAGGUAGGACACUGGGGUGUUCUCACCUCUCCCACAGGCACGUGGCCAUGGCUAGAGCACAAUUUGCUGUGAGCACAGCACCUCUGGCACCCAGGCUCCAGCUGGAGCCCAGUACUUCCAAAG